GAGCGACAGGUGAUGCGCGGCGAGCCAUCCUGCCUGCCGAAGCCUCCGGGGCUGCAGCCUUUCCCCCGCCAAUCGAGCGCACGGGGCCCGGCCGUUUUUCGUGUGCCGCCGCCUCGUCGCGAUUCGCUUGUUGGGCGCCGACGGUGAGAGGAACGCAGGACAGCCGAAAGCGGAGCUCCGGCAGAUGGGGACGAGGACGGGCGAUGCGACGUAGAGCGGGCCGUCUGAGCAGCCAGCGGUGCCGAGCAGCCGAGCGACGAUGAGGAGCCUGAGGAGGAUGGCGCACCUGGCGCUCUUGUGCCCGCUGCCCAAGGGGGUACAGAGCCGCCUGCCCGCCAUCAAAGUCAAGUAUCUCUUCCUGGCCUGGCUGGGCAUUUUCGUGGGCAGCUGGGCCAUCUACAUGCACUAUUCGUCGUACUCGGAGCUCUGCAGAGGGCACGUGUGCCAAAUGAUCAUCUGUGACCACUACAGACGGGGCAUCAUCUCGGGCUCGUCCUGCCAAGAUCUGUGUGAGGAGGGCACCCUCAUGCUGCAGCACUGCCUGUCAUCGUCACCCACACAUCAGGUUUACAGCGGGGUCUGGAAAGGAAAGGAGGUGAUCAUCAAGUGCCGCAUUGAGGAGGCGCUCCGAGGGGACGGCGGGCCAGACUCGGCACCCCGGCGGCAGCUGGCACUCUUUGACAAGCCCAGCCGGGGCACCUCAAUGGACGAGUUUCGCGAGAUGCUGCUCUCCUUUCUGCGGUCCUGUCUAGGCGAGCAGCCCUCCCUGGGCAGCCUGGUGGCCCGCAUCAUCGCGCUGGCCGACGUCAACCAGGACGGGAAGGUGUCGCUGGCCGAGGCCAAGUCGGUGUGGGCGCUCCUGCAGGUCAACGAGUUCCUGCUGCUGGUGUCGCUGCACGAGAAGGAGCACACGGCCAAGCUGCUCGGCUUCUGCGGGGACCUCUACGUGACGGAGCGCGUCUCGCACGGCUCUCUGUACCGGCUGGAGCUGCCCGGGUACCUGCGGCCCCUCGUGCCCUCCGCCGUGCACGCCCAGCUCAACCAGUGGCUGGCCCCCGCCUGGCCCCGGCGCGCCCGCAUCACCAUCGGCCUGCUGGAGUUCGUCGAGGAGAUCUUCCACGGCUCGUACGGCAGCUUCUUCCUGUGCGACUCGAGCCCCCGGCACAUCGGCUACAACGGCAAGUACGACUGCAAGAUGGCAGACCUGGAGAGCGUGGCCACCGAGAUGGCGGUGCGGGGCUACCUGAAGGGCCGCCGGUGCGAGCACAACAGCGACUGCACCUACGGCAGGGACUGCACGGCCACCUGCGACAAGCUGGUCAAGCAGUGCAACGGCGACGUCGUCCAGCCCAACCUGGCCAAGGUGUGCCGGCUGCUGCAGGACUACCUGCUGUUCGGGGCGCCCGCCGAGCUGCGCGAGGACCUCGAGCGCCAGCUGCGUACCUGCAUGACUCUGAGUGGCCUGGCCAGCCAGAUGGAGGUCCACCACUCGCUGGUCCUCAACAACCUCAAGACAUUACUGUGGAAGAAGAUCUCCGACACCAAGUACUCGUGAUGGGUGCCCACCGACAGCUUCAGCCUGACUGGGGUCUGGCGUGGGUGCCAGCAGGACAAGAGAUGGCAGAGGCUAAUGGGCGACAGGCCUCUGGCUCUUUAUUGUGCCAACCACUGGAGGACAGCUGUGACAACGGUGAUGGUCUCAAUCCCGCCCCCCCAGUACCUGACACCACUUGUCUGCUUUAAUUGACUGGGUGGCACCAUGCCCAUCUUUUCAUACGUUCACUGGACCGACCCGAUGGUCAUGUAGCUCAUUUGUGUGCCAUGCUGCUUGUCCCAUCUGUUCUCUAUGGCCUAAAUUAAAGGACAAAACGACUUUGUAAAAAGACUUCAAACCAUACCCACAUGUAGAUGUACACUGGUGCCCAACAGAUUAACCCUGGCAGUGCCCAGCUGUUUGGAGAAACAAGGCACAAUCUGGAAGGCAGCAAAUGGGGAAGGAACAGCAAGAGGGACCACCACGGGCAGGGAAACGGCACCCAGCUGGUGGUACAUGGAGACACUGCCCAGCUUUGGACCCCUGCUGUUGUUGCUGCUUCACUUGUAAAUAAAAGCUUCC